CGAAUCCCUGCUUUAAACGACGAACAAAGCUUUUUAAAAAGCAUCCCUGCCCGCAUCAUCAGCGAAGGUGAAAACAUGUUGCUAUCUACUACUACAUCUACCGUACCGUAGUCGUCGCAAGACCAACCUCAGCUGUGAAAAGGUGCACCCCUCGCAUCGAACGACUGGAACCAAAUAAAGCAACCCAUUGCUUUUUAUUCCAUCGCCUAUUCCAUCUAUCUUCGAUCGGUUCCACCAGAGUCCUUUUUGAUUUCUUCGACCGUUGCAGAACACAAUAUCCGAUAUCCAAAAAAUCCGUUCUACAAGCAGUGCUUCAUCUUGCAAUCGGCCACCAUGGCGACGAAGAGACUGAGGCAGUUGCUUUCGAUACAGAUCUCGCGGUCUAUUGUAUCUAGGAGAGCAGCGGAGUUUCAGCCGGCUGAGUUCGCCAACCAAACCGUUUCCCUUUCACACAGAGCGUUUAGCGACGACAGGUCCGGUUCGUCGUCGGAGAAGCCACCCCCAAGGCCGCAGUCGCUGGGGAACGAGUGGCGGAAGCAGCAGCUCGACAAGCUCGAGAACCGUUUCCGGGGAAAGCUACUGGAAACCCGCACGAUUGAGUCCGAGGAGGACCUGCAACCCAUGUGGAAGGAAAUGGAGGGGAGGGUGACAAGAAGGAAGGCUCGGACACUGGCGGACACGGGCGGCAAGAGCGGGAGGAGAAACAUCAAGAAAACCGACGAGGAUGUUUGGCUGCAAGAGGGGAUGUACGGUACGGACGACAACAAGGACGCCUCAAAAAAGCAAUAGGUGGAUCGAAACCGAUUCGAUUGCGUUGAAGCCGAUCUUCUCUGUGUGCGUUUGGGGUUACUUCGAUUUGGGGCAACAAUUCGUUUCUGAGGGACGGGAAUACAAUUCCAUAUUUCUGAUCCUACUGUGGAUUUCAUCCAAACUAGAAGUAUUGAUAUAGCUCCAAUGAUAGUUUUGUGUAAAUUGGAAAACCGUCAGCUGAAACCAUUUUUUCGG